GUAAUGAUUAGCACGUGACUUCUUGAAUAGCGUGCGGGGAAACUAAUCGCAUCCCUUAAAAGCUCGACUCCGCUAACUCAUAAGCUAAAAAGCUCAGCGUAAUCAACUCUCACGUCAACAUGUCUGAUCAAGAUAGGUCAACACCGCGCGUAUUCAUUGUACGGCAUGGUAAGUCUAUGCGUUAAAUCUCCUCAAAGAAUAAAAGUCAAGUCUUACGCACUUUUACCCAUAGGAGAAACAACAUGGGCGAAGAAAGGCCGUUUUACGGGCAAAACAGAUAUUGCCCUAACCGAGGAGGGGGAGGCACAGGUUUCUCACGCGGCAACUAAAGCUGUGGGCCCAGGCAAGCUCAUCGACCCCCAGGGCCUUGGGACAAUUUACGUUAGUCCGAGGUUGAGGGCGAAACAAACCCUGGAUUUACUAGUGCCUGAUGCCGCGGACCGGGGAAUAAUCAGAAAUGAGAUUGAGGAAUGGGAUUACGGCCAUUAUGAAGGGCUCACAAUUGACAAAAUCAAAGAAUUAAGGAGGACGCGAGGGCUGGACAAAGAUGAAGAGUGGAACAUCUGGAGUGACGGAUGCGAGGGUGGGGAGUCGAAAGAACAAGUAACGGACCGACUGGAUAGGCUCAUCUCUGAGGUCCGACAGAUUCAGAAAGCUUCCAUGGAUGGGAGAGGAGCUGCUGAUAUCCUGAUCGUUGCGCACGGUUUAAUCCUCCGUUGCUUUGCGAAGCGUUGGAUUGGAUUUGAGAUCGACGCCUCCCUUGAAUUGAUGAUGGACCCUGGAGCUAUUGCCGUUUUGAGCUACAAAAACAAAGACAUCGACAAGCCGGCUAUUCACCUUGGUAUGGCUCUGUGAAGAACCAGCCAACAUGUAUUCCGUACUCACCUGCGAAUGAGCUUGGGCACGGUCAUUGCGCGGUUUCAUUUGCUUCGCGUAAUGAUCCCAGCUUCACCACAGUCCGUGUCUACCCAGCUCCCUAGCUAUCAAUACAAUUGCCAACGCAUAGAUCACGCCUACUGCACUCGACUGUGAGCCGAAUAACUGUUCGAUUACUGACACCCUGGUGCUCUUCAACAAAACGACUUCUGCACAACCUACCCGGUAGCUAGUUCAGUCCCGAACGUCACAACUCGCCGCCCGUAAGAAUAACAGGCGAUAACCAAGGUAAAUACGGGUGUUGUGAAGAAAGCUGGCGCGAGGAAUAGGGAACGUCACAAAUGCGGACAAACAGAGUAGAAGUGUGAAAUUUCCUCAUCACCAAACCAGCGUGUG